AACAAUUCAUAAAAAAACUACAUAAUAUUGGAAGUGCAUUUAGGUAGGAACAAAACUCUGUUGACAAACUUCAAACAGUGCAAGUUACACGCAUAAUGGAAGAAAUUCACUCAUCAUCUGAGGAAAGAUCGAUCCAAAUUGAAGAUGACGACAUACUCAAAAUUCUCCAAGGAACGAUAUCUGAGGAAAAAAAGAUGGCUUUACUGAGUGUUUUGCCUGAAGAGGAUAUUCGCAAGUUCAAAGAAGCGCAGCACUAUCACAUCGAGUGUUCCCAAGAUUCUGCCAAAAAGAUGAGAUCAAAAAGGGGACAAGUUACCGAAUCAGAGAUGAUUAAGUUUCCUGACUCACCGACCGCCAGACGUUAUCUGACAGCUUUAAUGUAUUACUCUUCUGGAUGGCAAUGCCUGAGCACUGUUCACACUUCUCAAAUGAAAAAUACUGAAGUUCAUGACUCAUUUAAGUUCAUUUUAAAUGGGAUUCACAGUUUUGCACGAGGUCUACUUCUUGAACAACAUAUCCGAAGGCAAUUUCUCUUCGAUUUCCGUUAUGUUGUUAAUUGGAUAGAAGGGUAUCUUUCGUUUAAUCCCAAUGAUGCCUUAGCCGAGUUUCUCAAAGUCAUUUGUCAGAUAGAUCUAUGGAAUUUGUCCGUUUCUGACAAUACAAAAGAUUUUGAAAUUUCGAAGAAGAAAAUUUUAAGUCUUGAAUUAUUUGCGCAAAAACUUGAAGCUACAAAAAGCGUGAGGGACGAAAAAUGCAUUCUGGCACAAUUGUACCAUAUCCUUGGUGCACAUUAUAGCAUAACCAACCAGACGUCGAGAGCUUUGCAUAUGUUUCAGUUGGCUUAUAAGCUCGAUACAAAUGACGUGAUUGCCAUGUACGCCAUUGCUUAUCAUUGCAUUGAUAGAGAGCCUGAACAAGCCAAAGACUAUCUUAUACGAUACUUAGACAGAGCGCCUCGUUGCCAUGUAAAGUUUGCAGAGGCCAAUUAUUUGCUAGGGGUCUAUUACAUGAAACAUCAAUAUAGUUUGAAACAAGCUGAAAAAUACCACACAGCAGGUAAAGCAGCCGAGAAGACACUACUUCCAUGCGACCAGGUUCGAUCUCCUGUGAACGAGGAACUUUUAAUGAGUAUGAUUUCCAUUGCGAAAUAUGUUCCAACCUUGGCAAAAUCCUUUAUCGAAAAUAUGCGGGUUGGACCCAAAUAUGUAACAGUAUAAUGCCAAUGCAAAUAAGAACAAUAUAGAAUCAGCAUUUGUUGAAUCGUAUUGUAUGUAUAUUGUAUACCUGUGAUUGGCGAUUUUAUAUAAUUUAAGCAAUACUUAGUAACGCAAACGAUUUAGUAUGCUUCAUAAAACAAGCAUUACAUAAUGUUAAAAAUUAAAUUAAAUAUUUUCAUUUCCAUAAAUUCCUUAAUUUGUUUCCAGUUCGCACUGUAAUAAGUAAUAAGCAUGGCACCCAAGACAAAUGUUACGAAUAUAUUUAGGACAUGAAAGGAAACUAUAAUAAAAGCUUAGUAUAUAAUAUAAUUCUGUAUUGAAA